AUGGCGGCGGCCAUGGAUCUACUGAUCCUGUUGUGCCCACUUCUUCUUCUCUCUUUCCACUUUGAAAUCGCACAAUCCUCCGUCCACAUCUACCCCUCCCAGCCCUUCCACGAUGUCGGUAAUUCUCUCCUCCUCUACGGUGGCAGCGAGGGCAUCUUCGCCUCUUCCCGAUCUUUCAUCAGGUUUGAGAACAUCACUCUCUGGAGGACAAUUCCUAACCGGAGCCACAAUAACGGGUUAGUCCAGGCAGUGAUCUUUGAGGCCUCCGAUCGUAACAAUAUCGGUGGCUCAGCUUACGGGGGCCAGAGAUCUAUUUGCUGCUCUCCAGAUCUGGCCAAUCUUCAAGGUUGUAAGCAAGGGGAGAUCAUUAGGAUUCCUUCUGCACAUGACCCUAGAUGGCCUAUCCUCCUCCGUCUCCGCUUCAAAGGGAAACAUUUGUCCGCUAAGUUGGAAGACACUGAAAUUCUCAUCAGGAAGACUGGAAUCUAUAAUCUCUUGUUCAUUUCUUGUGAUCCCAAACUCAAGGGCCUCAAAAUGACCGGAAAGACCAUUUGGAAAAAUCCCGAUGGCUAUCUUCCUGGUAGGAUGGCUCCACUCAUGAAGUUUUAUGUCUACAUGUCAUUCGCAUAUCUGCUGCUCACUGCCGUCUGGUUCUUCCAGUACGUGAGGUUCCGGAUGGAUAUAUUGCCACUUCAACACUGCAUAACAGUGGUGAUUGUUCUAGGAUUGCUUGAGAUGCUCUUUUGGUACUUGGACUAUGCUAAUUUUAACAACACGGGGACGAGGCCUUUAGCCCUUACUACAUGGGUUGUUACAAUUGGUGCUUUCAGGAAAACUGUUUCCCGCAUUCUCAUUCUCUGUGUUUCCAUGGGAUUUGGGGUUGUCAAGUCCACUCUUGGUGGUCUCACUUCUAAAGUCAUUCUCGUUGGAGUUACUUACUUCAUAGCUUCUGAGAUGCUUGAUAUAGCUGAGCAUGUUGGCAUUAUUGACGACGUAUCUGGAAGAGCAAAACUCUUUCUUGUCCUGCCGGACGCUUUCCUGGAUGCAUUUCUCAUUUUGUGGAUAUUCACCUCUCUUUCGAAAACACUGGAACAAUUACAGAUGAAGAGGACCUCUGUGAAGUUGGACAUCUACCGCAAGUUCUCAAAUGCUCUUGCUGUUAUGGUUGUUGCCUCUGUUGCUUGGAUAGUGUAUGAGGUGUAUUUCAAAGCAACAGAUUCAUUCAAUGAACGAUGGCAGACUGCGUGGACUAUAACCGCCUUUUGGGAUGUUAUUGCAUUUGUGUUGCUAUGUAUUAUUUGCUAUCUUUGGACCCCGUCUCAGAACUCUCAAAGAUAUGCGUAUUCUGGAGAAGUGGAUGAAGAAAACGAGGAAGACCGAUCACUGACAGGGGGAAAGGCAGAUGGUGAUAUUAGCCUUGUAAAGCAAGAGAAGAAUGACGGCUCGGAGAGUGAAGGCGAUGUUGAAGAAGAUAAGAGGGAGUGA